UAAAGGACACAUCUAUAGAAAAGAAUCCAAGAUGGCAGCCUCCAUUACCUCUUGCUUUGUUAUGGCACUUAUGCAGGCAGCAGAGUAAGAAUGUACACGUAACUCUUUCACGUGAAUCCGUCGAUCAUGGGGAGUGGCGGCCACAUGUCGACCACGUCCUUGAUGGUCGUGUGUGUCGUGGUGAGCGCGUGCUGCACAGGAGCCGGCAUCGGCCUCGGCUGGUGGAUCGGAAGUUCGAGUGCAGACGACGACGUGCCCGUGGCUCCCACCACAGUGCCUACCCAGACACCCACGCAGGGUCCAACGCAGGGUCCCUCUACAGAGGCACCGGUGCCCGAAUUCAGCGUCAAGUUUGGGCAGUCACAUUAUGUCACGGUGAGCAAUGAGAAGAUAGGCAACCUGAGGCUGUUCAGCAAAGAUGGAGAUCCCCUGCUGGUGAUCGAUGCCGGGAUGGUCGUGUCCGGGUCGUCUGCAGGUCGGAUUCAAUAUCAGGAGUGCGAGUACACGGACUCCGACAGAGUGUGCGUGGAGUUCUUCAACAAAGACCAUCUGAAGGCUCGACUGACCGUCACAGAGGCAGACGAUGAGUGCCUUCAGGUAUGGUGGUUUACAAGUGAGAUGCCUGAGCUGACUGACUGCGUGCACAUGCAGGGAGCAAGCAACCACACCUACUGGUAUGGAGGUUCAGAGGUGUAUCAGCAGACGUGGCCUAUCAACGAAAUGACGCAUCGAAUGCAAGAGUACACAACUAACGACAUCUAUAAACUACGCUGGGGAGGUGUGCAAGAGCGAUAUUGGGUUUCGUCCUCAGGUGUGGCGAUAGUUGCAGAUAAUAAGAUACCACUGCACGUAGGGAUCGACGGCAGUCUUGGAAUGAUGUGCUUUACUUCGCGCUAUCAGAACUCCAUAUAUUCGUAUUGGGAUGACGUUAUCAUCAACCUGAAGUACAAGGUGUGCUCAGGAGUCAAGGUCGGCUACAAUGUGCUCGAUGUCCACCGAAUGGUCACGAACAAGGUCUUUGACAAGCCGACAGGAAUACCGGAUGACAGAAUGUUCCGCUCGCCCGUAUUUUCCACGUGGGCACAAUACAAAAAGAACAUCACUCAGGAGUUGGUAAUGGAGUAUGCACAGGAGAUACUCGACAGCGGCUUUCCUCACAGCCAGCUGGAGAUCGAUGAUGACUGGGCGACGGCUUACGGAGACUGGGAGUUCGACUCCGGGAAGUUUCCGGAUCCCGUCGCCAUGGUGAAUCAGCUGCACGCCAUGGACUUCCGCGUCACUGUGUGGACGCACCCGUUCGCGAACACCGACUCGCAGAUUUUCUCGACGGGCACGGAGGCCGGGAUGUGGGUGAAGGAUAAGGACAGGGGGGGAGUUCCGGCACUGACAAGGUGGUGGAAUGGCGUUGGCGCGAUCCUCGACUCCUCGAACCCGGCCGCGCUCGAGUGGUUCGUGCAGAACCUCAAGGACUUCAAGGUCAGGUACGGAGUCGACUCGUUCAAGUUUGACGCCGGCGAGACCAACUGGCUGCCGGAGACGUUCGCGCUUCGCGGCAUGCCCUACCCGAACAAGUUCUCGGAGCUUUACUGCGAGGCGUGCGCGCAGCUUGGGCCGAUGAUCGAGGUGCGCACGGGCGCCGGGUCGCAGAGGCUGCCCGUGUUUGUGCGCGUCAUGGACAAAGACUCGCGCUGGGGUUACAACAACGGCCUGCGGACGCUUAUCCCCUGUACGCUGACCUUCGGAUUACUCGGAUACCCGUUCGUGCUGCCGGAUAUGAUAGGUGGAAACGCAUACGGCCUCGCCGGCAGCUCGUCGUCGGGCCUCCCCGACAAGGAACUCUACAUUCGCUGGGUGGAGGCAAACGCGCUGCUCCCCUCGCUGCAGUUCUCCAUCACUCCGUGGCAGUACGGUGACGUGGAGGUGACGCGCAUCGCCCGCGCCAUGGUCGACCUGCACACCCAGUACACUCCGCUCAUUCUGGAGCUCGCGCACAACGCGACCGUGACCGGUGAUCCGAUCGUUCGACCGUUGUGGUGGAUAGCUCCAACUGACAUCGACGCGUUGGAGUGUGACUCUCAGUUCCUGCUAGGCAACGAUGUACUAGUCGCACCUGUACUGAGGAAGAACGCACGCUCACGAAACAUCUAUCUACCCACAGGAUCAUGGCAUGAUGAGCUGAAGAGCAGUAUCAUAGAGGGACCGGUGUGGCUGAAUGACUAUGACGUGGCAUUGGAUGAGCUUGCAUACUUCACACGUCAAAUGUAGUCCUUGCCACUGCCAUCGUGGCUAUCUUCUCAGGCAUGGCCCAUGCAAGGUUGCUCAAUUAAUUACUAGCGUAUCUUGUCACUUGUUAAUUGCACUUAUUAAUUGUAAACUUUUUUUAUAUCUUUUAUUAUUUCACUGACGGUGAGGAGCUUGCAAGAUUGUUGAUAUAUUUUACAAGGUACCGUCUUUAAAUGAAUCACUAAAUAAAAUAAAUGGAAUAAUAUAUGAAUUGAUUAAAUAAUUUGUGCAAUACUGGGUGCCAAUACUUGUAAUAACACUUCCGGAUGCCUAUGUGUUGGAUGGACAGCCUUUCUGCUGAAUGCAUGGUCUGCAAUCCAAGCAUUAUAAUCUUUAGAAUCAUAUAGGUGUAAUGUCGUGUGGUAAAUUCUGUGAUAUACUCAAUUAGGUGUGCGACAUAUUAUAUCGGGUAAGGAACCGCAGUAUAUAUAUUUUGUGUAAUGCGCUACAAGCCUGAAAGGCAAUACAGAAAUAAUGUUGGCAGUCAUAAGUGAUAGCUAGAGAUAUAUUGAAUUCGUUGUACUUGACUGAGAUUUAUUAUGUGUUAAAUGAAAACAUUAUUGAUUCUUGCAAAUA